AUGUGUGUCACGGACGGACAAACAUCUUAUAGAUACUGCACACUAGCAGCUAAUAACCGGGGCUCCGAGCUCGGAGACGUCAGCCUCUUGAGGAGGAUGCCCAACGUUGAGGUUCUGGCUCUAAGUAUCAACAAGAUCCGUUCCCUUGGUGAUUUCGCGGGAUGCCGUCGUCUUCGGGAGCUGUACGUGAGGAAGAAUGAGAUCCGGGACCUGGCGGAGAUCAGGCACUUGCGACACCUCCCGGACCUCACCAGCCUCUGGCUUGAUGAGAACCCAUGUACAUUACACCCUGAAUACCGUAUGACGGUGCUCAGGAACUUACCGAACCUUGAGAAGUUGGACAACGUGGUCGUACAGCCUGAUGAAGUCCAGGAGGCGAUGCGGCGCGGAGUCCACAUACCUGACUCUGACGACGAAGGAUACCCUCAGACUCAGGAGUCGUACGGCCAGUACAGGAGGCAGAGGUCCUGCGAGUCGAGCCCGGAGAGAGACACGGAGUACUACCGGCAGCAGACACAGACGACGCACAGACACACGCACCCGCAGGCACACGCGCAGGGGCAGAGACACGAACACUGGGCGCAGGGCAGCGACAGCUCGGCGGAGCCCGAGCCCGCAGCGGAGCCCGAGAGGUCGCCGCCCGCACAGUGCCCGGCGUCGCCCGCGCGGCCCUCGCCCGACGACGACAGACCUGAAACACAUUACGAUGUCCGCGGCCCUAGAUCUCCUGACACCGCUUCACUACGACAUUCGAUGUCCGCUCACAGUGUCAAGGACUACGCUUACUCGUCCAACGGGGAGUGGAGACAGCACGGGGGAGGGACGACCGUCACAUCCCCCCACGACCAGGAUAGAGACAGGAGCGAGUCGUAUUCAGUGAGGGAGUGGGAUCGGGACAGGGAGGCGUCCCGGGACGGACGGGACAGGGAACGGGACAGAGAGUACCCGUCCGCGGUCAUGGCUGAACACAGGGGCUUCACUAGGAGACCCGUCGCCAGGAACUCCAACCUGCUGUCAGCGGUGCUGUGCCUCGUCAAGGAGCUGGACUACCCCAGCCUGGAAGUGGCAGAGAUGGCUGUCAGCGGCAUGUCGUCCUCAUCUUCGUGUACUCGGGGCGCCGACAUCCUGGACCUGGACAGAUACAUGCGAGCCUCCAGGCCUGCCCACCACCACACACGGGAUCGGCUGAUCGUGGAUGCUGGCGGCGCUGACAGGAUCCCUCUGGCGUGUUCCAGUGUGGACAGUAUGAGGUCACCGCGGGGGAGGGAUCACAACAAGAGAUACUCGCACGACUCAGGACUGUCCGAUGAUAGCUACGUGAAGAAGAGACAUCGAUCACACAGACGGUCAACAGAGACCAAGCGUGUACCGUCCCGCGUGGAGUCCAAAUCAUCAGUUCGUGAGUUCCGCGCCGCUUGUGAACAAGUUCUGAGAGAGCAGCAGGAGCAAAUAGCGAGAGUGACAGAACUGUGUCAGAAGUUGGUACAGCCGCAAGUCGCCCAGAUGAAUAUAGCAGCCAGUUGUUCCAUGCCCAUGGAACAGACCAGCUCAGAUAAAGAUAGAGGGAUCGUUGAGAAUAAACAAAUCGACAGCAAGCAACAAGCGGCUCACAGUUUGGACCACAAUAGAAGCCGUGACCAGGCGAUCCAGCAGACACAGAGUAAUAUAAAAGAACAGCAGGCGGUGCAAAGUAAAGUGGCAAAACAGAAUUUCAGUCAGAACGUGAAACCAGUCGAGCCAACGGAUUCAAGUGAUAGCUCCUCCAGUAACAGUUCAAAAGAAUUGCGGCAGAAAGAAAAACUUAGGUCAGAUUCAUGUAAAACCUACAAGAUCAUAAUGAACAAGUUGGACCAGCUGAACCAUUUGUUCACUGCUCGUCGUGUCCCGCCCCCUGUCCUCUCUCCCCUGGCCUCCCCGCGGCGGACGGUUCCUCUCAACGCUCCAUCAUCAGACUGUGUGUCUGUUAGUAACAAACUCGUGGCCACGGAAGACUUGCGUCAGCAGAAACACCAUUACAGUCCAACGAUUCAGGUGUUCCCCGUUCAGACUCGUGUCACCCGAGGACCUGGGACUCACAGCUCACGUCUCAGCAGCUGCCGAGGUCGGAGGCUGGCUGUGGCUGAAGCUCAUAGCCUAGACAUACCUCCAGAAAAAGCCGGGGAUAGUCAGUGCGAGGGCGGCGAGGGAGAGGGCUGGAAUGAACUUCCACGAGAAUUUGAUCUGGACGAUCCUGUGACGCUUUACGCUCAAGCUAAACGUCUGCAAGCAUACCACGCAAGAACUCGCACGAAACAGUACAACCGCACCUCAGACAAAUCGGCCAACAAGUCGGGCAACAAGUUGAACAACGAUGUGGACGACCAGUUUGAUAGUAAAUCUUUAUGUGCGUUAUGCCGCUUCUACUGGCGUGCUUUGAGACGAUGUAUUACCCAACAGUUAUUUGGGACUUGUUCUUAA